UUUCGGAAAAAGAGUUCCACGACGCGGCCAAACGAAACGACACGGCACACAUGGGCGUGCUGAUCAAGAGAGGGGUGGACAUCAAAGCCAAGAAUAAUAUAGACCGGACGGCUCUCCACUGGGCCGCGGGAGCAGGGCAUGAGCAGGCAGUACGGCUUCUCCUGGAACAUGAUGCCUCCGUGAAUGACGAGGACAACUUUGGGAUGAACGCACUGCUUUUGUCCGCUUGGUUCGGUCACCUGCGCAUCCUUCAGAUCCUCGUCAAUGCUGGUGCCAAAACCAACUGCGUAAACAAGAAUGGACGCAACCUGCUGCAUUGUGCAGCCCAGAGAGGCCAUAUCAAAGUGAUUGAAUUUGUCAUGGAGGACCUUGAAGAUGUGCGGUUGGAUAAGAAAGAUAAGAUGGACAGAACUGCAUUUCAUUUAGCUGCAGAGAACGGGCAGCUGGAGGUGGUGGAGUUCCUGAUUGGUUCCGGUUGUAGUCGCAGCAUCAAAGACAAGGAGAAGAAUACAGCCCUCCAUUUAGCUGCCAAGAACGGCCAUGCAGAGGUGUUGCAGAAGCUCAUAGAAGUGGGAAUGAGCCUUGAUGAGACAAAUACAGAAGGGUUGACCGCCCUGCACGGGGCUGCCGAAGGAGGACAUCACAGCUGCGUAAAGCUGCUCCUGGAAGCCGGCUGUGAUGUCCAUGCCCAAACUCAGAAAAAGAUGACCGGCCUUCAUUACGCUGCACUGAAUGGCUAUGAAGAUAUGGCCAGAACCCUUAUUGACGCAGGAAUCCAGACAGAUGCACUGAAUUACCAAAAUGCAUCAGCUAUGCACAUUGCAGUGCUCCAGAACCAUCCAGCCCUCGUUAGACUCCUCAUUGACGCCGAGUGUGACCUGGAUAUCCCUGAUAAUAGGCAGCAGUGUCCCCUCCAUAUUGCUGCAGAACACGGAAGACAGGACAUUGCUGAGAUGAUCCUUAUCGCCGGUGUGAACUUAAAGCUAACGGACAAGCAAGGAAAAACAUCCCUAGAUAUUGCUGCCCGUGGGAACCACAUCAACCUGGCUGAUAUGAUCAUCAAAGCUGAUAGGUUUUACAAAUGGGAAAAGGAUAAUCUGAACAGUGACUCCGACUCGUGGGUGGCCAAGCACUUAACUUUCAAGCAGGACCACCGCCUUGAGACUCAGCACAUCCGCUCAGUCACGUGGCGGCUCGCUACGAAAUACCUCAAACCCGGCGAGUGGAAGAAGCUGGCGCAUUACUGGAAAUUCACGGAGGCGCAUAUCAGAGCAAUUGAACACCAGUGGGCAGGCACCAAAAGCUACAGGGAACACGGUCACAGGAUCUUGUUAAUUUGGCUUCACGGCGUAAUCAUGGCCGGGGAGAACCCAAUCAAAGGACUGUAUGAAGGCCUGGUGGGCAUUGGGAGGAGAGAUUUGGCAGAAAGCAUCAGGAAACAGGCAAAUGCAGACUCUACUUCUCCAAGAAGGUGCACUGCAAUGUGAUGUCCGAAAAGGGACAGGAAGG